AUGCCAUAUGUCAACCAUAUUGCUUACACAAGGCAGAGGGGGAAAAAAGUCACCCCCGCGAGAGCCUAUGGGUUUGAUUGUGUGGUUCUGAUGGAGCCCCCUUUGAGCAAGAGGAACCCGCCAGCGUUGAGAUUAGCGGACUUGGCACCGGCUCAGGCCAGGCCUCUUCAGAAUAUGACAGGCUUCCCAGCGCUGGCCAGCCCGCCCGCCCACUCCCAACUUCGCGCCAUAGCCACGCACCUCCGCCCUCGGGACCUGGGCGCUGACCUCGGCGUGGCCAUCACUCCGCUCGGACCCGAGCACAUGGCCCAGGCGAGCGCCCUCCGCCUCAGUCCUCUCUCCCAGGCACUCCCGGCACAGCCUGAGGCUCCCGCGGUCGCCGCCCGCGCAGCGGCCUCGGGGCACACCCCGGAGGGGGGGCCCCUUUCCCGGGGCCACAUCUGCUUCUGGGAGGACUGUCCGCGCGAGGCCAAGCCUUUCAAGGCCAAAUACAAGCUCAUCAAACCACAUCCGCGUGCACACGGGGCGAGAAGCCCUUUCCCCUGCCCCCUUUCCGGGGCUGCGGGCAAGGUGUUCCCUGCCCCUUUCCGGGCUGCGAUCCACAAAGCGCACUCAUACAGGAACCUCAAGAUCCACAAGCGCACUCAUACAGGGGAAAAGCCUUUCAAAUGUGAAUUUGAUGGCUGUGACAGGAAGUUUGCCAACAGCAGUGAUAGAAAGAAACACUCCCAUGUCCACACCAGCGACAAGCCCUACUACUGCAAGAUUCGAGGCUGUGACAAAUCUUACACUCACCCGAGCUCCCUGAGGAAGCACAUGAAGAUUCAUUGCAAGUCUCCACCACCUUCUCCAGGAGCCAUUGGCUACUCAUCAGUGGGGACUCCACUGGGUGCCCCCUUGUCCCCUGUGCUGGACCCAACAAGGAGUCGCUCUACCACUCUCUCCCCUCAGGUGACCAACCUCAAUGAGUGGUACGUUUGCCAGGCCAGUGGGGCCCCCGGCCACCUCCACACACCUUCCAGCAACGGAACCACUUCUGAGUCUGAAGAUGAGGAGAUAUAUGGGAACUCUGAAGUUGUGCGGACGAUACAUUAG